AUGGUGAAAGGAUUCAGAGGCGCCAGUGCUCCAUCCUUUGCUCGAUCAGUAUCUCGCAGCCAUCCCAGCAAUCGCAAGACUUCUCCUAUCUGCGCCAUGGAGAUCCCUGAUACGUACGGAUUCGUCAUGUCCACAGCGGCUCUUGCUGCAGGGAUGGUGCAAUGGAAAGCGAUCCAGGUCUCUGUGGCAAGGAAGACGUACGGUGUCCAGUAUCCCUCGAUGUAUGAAGACAAGGAGGACUCGAAGUUCAACUGCAACACCCUUGAGUAUUUGCCGUCGUUCAUGACUCUGCUCAUGCUGAACGGCCUCAUGGCUCCAAUCUCUACAUCCAUCCUUGGAAUUGUUUGGAUCGCCGCAAGAGUUGUGUACAUCCUUGGCUACAGCCAGGAUGGCCCGCAAGGUCGCCUUCCCGGCGUGAUCGUCUCUGGUCUCAUCUUCGUCUCGCUCAUCUUUGCAACGAUGUACAAUGGCGUGAAGUUGGCUGGGCUCUUGCCAUUCUGA